UUGCACCCUAUGAACCUAUGGACUACAUAGCUAUCAGCUCUUUGAUCUUCACCCUCUUCCGAACCGCCGCCGAUAUCACCACCUUUCUUCUCUCCAGUCCCCAGCGCUUCUCGGCUAUGCUGACCAGGACUGCCUCACGAUGUUCGACUAAGCUUCGGGCUGCUCUCCGACAGCCAUCCCUCCGGGUUGCUAAACAACAACCACAAUGCCGACGAUUCUCGAUGCCCACAGCAAACGCCACUCCCGGCGCGCAGUCCGCUGCCACUUCCAGUGCUGGAAUGCUGUCCCCGUUUGUCAGCGAGCUUGACAAGAUUGCCCCAUCAUUCAGGAUCAACGGAUCGCAAAUUCGGGUUCUCCAAUCGCCAACCGAGUUCUACGAAACCCUCAAGGACAAGAUUCGCAAUGCGGAAAGACGCAUCUUCCUGUCGACACUGUACAUUGGGAAGUCUGAGAAGGAACUGAUCACUACACUCCAAGAGGCGCUGCGCUCCAAGCCGAACCUCAAACUCAGCAUCCUUACCGACGCCCUGAGAGGCACACGCGAAGCCCCUGAUCCAUCAUGCGCAUCACUUCUGGCCCCAUUGGUCGAGGAAUUCGGCCCAGAUCGCGUUGAGAUCCGCAUGUACCACACACCGAAUCUCACAGGAUUCAGAAAGAAGCACAUCCCGAAGAGAAUAAACGAAGGAUGGGGUCUACAACACAUGAAGCUGUACGGCUUUGACGACGAGAUCAUGAUGACCGGCGCCAACCUGUCCAACGACUACUUCAGCGACAGGCAAGAUCGCUAUCACCUGUUUUCGUCCAGGGACAUCACGGAAUACUUUUCCAAUUUGCAUGAUGCCGUAUCGUCACUCAGCUUUCGCAUCGACCCAUCUGACGCCCCUUCCGGCUUCGACAUGGUGUGGCCCAAGGACAACGCCGCCCCAUCCCCUCUGGAAGAUCACAAGCAGUUUGUCAGAGAAUCAACAGGAUUGCUGGCAGGUCUCAUCUCACCCAAGACUGCGCCGCUGACCGCCAAUGACUCCACGCCAUUGGAAAAGCGGGAUACAUCUGUUUACAUGCUCGCCCAGUUCUCGCAAUUACUGUCGCCAGACACAUCGACAGAACUCCCGGCCAUCACGCAUAUUUUGAGCACCCUUGCCGCCCCACAAUAUUCCAAGUCAUCUUGGACAUUUACCGCAGGAUACUUUAACCCUGCCCCAUCGCUGACCAAGCUCCUUCUGUCAACCGCAUCGCAAAAUAAUACUGUUAUUACAGCUUCACCGUAUGCCAACGGCUUCUACAAGUCUCCCGGCGUCUCAGGACUGCUACCAGAUGCGUACACACUGCUUGCCCGGCGCUUUGUGCGCGCAGUUCAUGAGAAGAAGCUGGACGCAUCUACGGUGAUGAAAGAGUGGAGGAAGGGCACGGUUGGCGAGCCUGGAGCUUGGACGUACCACGCAAAGGGUUUGUGGGUGACUCUACCAGACAACAAUGGUCCAUCCAUAAGUCUGAUCGGUAGCUCCAACUACACUAAGAGAAGCUACUCGCUGGACCUGGAAGCCAACGCUCUCAUCGUGACGGAGAAUGAGAGUCUGAAGAAACAACUGGCCAACGAGCAAAAUUGGCUGCAAGAAAAUACCACGGUGGUCACCCGAGAGGACUAUGCCAAGACUGAGCGCCGCGUCGGUCUCAAGGUGCGCAUUGCGAUGUUGAUCGUGCGGCUUGUGGGAGGUGCCUUGUAAGGAACUGGUCUGGUGGAGACUUGAUGUGUAGGACUGGUGUAAGAAUAGGAGAGGCAAACGAUACCCAAGAAUACGGAUAGAAGGAUACGUCAGCAUCACAGUUCAGAUGUCAGCUGUUUGGACGGAUGGAAAUUUCAUGUUUUGUUCAAUGCUGAGCGAGUGUGCCCAUCAGACUCGAGAGUCUCUGUCGUCACGCCGGACGAUGGGGUAUGUAUGCAAAAAGACACCACAUCUUCGAUCCUCCCGCCCUGAUUUCCGACAUCAAAAUGCGCUGCAAUGCAAACCUGAAAAGCAGACAACCGAUAAACGCCGUUCCCUAAUACUGAUUCGCAUUUAAGUCAUCCCGGACAUGACAAACAUCCCCGUUUUUUGUUGGAAAAUGCAAAGACAUAAAAAAGAUCGUCUCCCGAAACGCCCCCCCCUCUUUUGGGACCGAUCGUGGGGGGCCCGGCCCGACAGCUUGGGCCCUGCUGACCUGACUGGGCCACCACGCUACAUCUCCCGAACCAACCCCCACCACAAGCGCUCCAGCUGUAGCUUCAGAUAAUCAUCGGUCUAUUUGGUGGUUGAAGUUCAUCCUCACAAGUCGAUCGGCAUCCUGAUCUUGGCGUUCGUCGUCCAUGAUCUUCUCCUGCUUUUGACGAGGGGGAGCGCUCGCUGGAUGACUCUGAUGAAAGAGCGGGAGAGGCUCCGCUUGAGGGGGACGGCUUGCAUCAUGGUGGUUUUGUUGUAGAUAUGGUUGGGAGGAAUAGGUCGGCCAGCGAGGUAUGGAGUCUCCACCGGAGAGAUGAGGAAGAGGAGGGGAUAUGGCAGCUCCUGCUGGACCACUUUUUGGUUCUCAGUUUUGAAAGUUGAUGAUCGACAUGAUCAGAGGUGGUCGCCAGGACAAGAGACGAGGAGGUCGUCGAGUCUUAAGUGGUGAGUGUGGUGGUGGUGGUGGUGGUGGUGUUGUUGUUGGCGGAUCGGAGUACCGGCCAACGACCCAUUCACCUGUUUCCCAAGCAAAGAGGAGGAGGAAGAGCACCGCUAAAAUUAGGGCCCUGUCGCGGGUGGCGUAGUCUGUUGCGUCCGCGCCCCUCUUCUUGGUUGUUUCGUUUGCGGGAUGUCAACGCAGAGAUAAAGGUGCUGCGCCGCUGGCGUGCUGUACCCACAAGACCCAGCGAUGGAUAUGAAACGGUUUCGACUGUGCGAUUUUGUAGUUCAGCCACAAAGGUUGUUCUGGGUUGGGGUGAAAGGUCCUAGAUAGGGCUAGGGAUCUCAAGGGAUUGCUGGUGGGCUUGAGGCACAGGGGAGCUAUGGCCCUUGAUGAGGUCUGCGGGAUCACGCAAGAGGGGGCGCGUUGAUAUGCAACCUUGUUGCCCUUGCCAGUGCGGUAGUUGAACGGCUCGCAUUUAAGAUGCGAGACAUGUUCGGAGUUUUAACUUUUGGAGUUUCUUAUCAGGGCCAUUCUCGCGGGCCGAAGCUUUUGGUGGAUGACAGACCACCGUUAUCACCGAUGGACUGUUGCGGGUCCGAGCCAUUUUCCAACCUCUUCCCUUCCCCGACUCGAACAUCUGAGGGUUGGUCAAGAUCGGGGAUCUGGGAAGCCAAGUAGACUAAUGUGUGUCUGAGCGGCUUCUGCUCGAGCUCAGACGCUUGAGGCUUCCAACGCGUCGACGUCCCAAUGCCCUCGGACUAGCCGUGAGUCAAGAAAUGUGACUUCGGGGCUGGCGGCCCAGACGGCGAAGGACCCGCGUGAGGGCGGGAUAUAAAUGUCAGCAUGUGCUCGAUAUCAGUCCUCGAAUUACUUGCAGAAUACCACCUCUCACACAACAGCAUUACCGUGCCUGCCAACCACAGUAUUCUUCCACAGCUUCGUGCUGGUGAAUGUGCACCAGAAUAUCGUCAACGUAGAAGAAGAUUAAUUGCUUAUUCUCCUACAACCGGACCCAAGAUUGCUCGUCUUGUAUCAGUUAUGACAAAACAUGUCAUCAUCUUCUUUUACGUGGACGAUAUUCCUGUGCCCAUUCACCAGAUACGGACGUUGCCUCAGUAUAUCGUCGUCUUGUACCAUGGUUCUGUGACCUGGGAUUGGGCAGAUCAAUUUCUACACGGUUGUCGACAUCACACUCAAGAUCCUUCAUGAAGCCUAGGAAGAUGCCUCACUUGUGUAAAGUCCCUUGCAAGGCA